CAGGCACUAUGUUUGAAAAGUGGGUUUCUGUUCUGCUGCUACUGCAGUUCUGCUGCUUUGGAUGUGGGUCCUGUGGGAAGGUCCUGGCAUGGCCAUUGGAAUAUAGCCACUGGAUUAAUAUGAAAAUAGUUCUUGAAGAGCUGGCACAAAGGGGUAACAUGGUGACUGUGUUAGUGCCUUCUGCUACGAUUCUCAUUGAUCCCACUGACUCCUCCAGCCUGAACUAUGAAGCUUUUCCUGUGUCGGCUACAGAAGAGGAAGUGAGGAGUAAAAUGGAAACUUUUUUGGAUGAGAUGGUUAACCAAAACAAUGAUUUUUCACAGUGGAAAACCAUGUGGAAAUUUCAUGAAAUGAUGGGGAAAUUUAUGACUGAAAUGAAAUCAUUAUGUGAAGCUGUAGUUUUCAACCAGACACUCAUGGAGAAACUGCAAAAAACUGGCUAUGAUGUGCUAUUUGCAGAUGCUGUGUUUCCAUGUGGAGAUCUGAUAGCUGAGAUGCUUGAAAUCCCUUUCAUAAAUAGUCUCAGGUGGAGCAUGGGGAACACCUAUGAGAAAUUCUAUGGGGGACUUCCUUCUCCUCUUUCCUAUGUACCCAUGCCCAUGGGCAAACUGACUGACAAGAUGACCUUUAUGGAAAGAGUAAAGAAUAUGCUCUUGUCUCUCCUCUCUGACUACUACCUCCAUUUAUAUGACAUAAUUUGGGAGCAGUUUUAUAGUGAAGCAUUAGUUUUGUCUGCCAAGGUGAUUAUUGUGGCCUUCUUUCCAUUAACUUAA